CAUUGCGAUUGAAUUGAAAGUGCAAUUUUUCUAUACGUAAAUUGCCUACGUUGCUGAGUUGGCUUACUUUGUUCCAUUUAACUUUCGAAAUCAAUUAUUUUCCAAAUAUGUCAAAGAAAAGGGGUGGGAAAAAGAACCAAGAUUUCGAUGACGAUUUCGAGGAAAAGUCUACUGUAGGCAACAAUAUUUCUGAGAUAACCUCAAAAGCAAAGGGUAAAGGUAAAAAGAAAGCUAAGGGUAAAGCUGACUUCAGCGACAGUGACGAGGGCGGUAAAGGAGACCCCAAGGGCCAUUUGAGCGAUGAAGAGGAGGUACGCCAGCCGGCCAUGAAGAAAUCCCAGAAGAAAGGUAAGAAUAAGAAGAAGGGAGCCGAGUCUGAGGAUGAAGAAGAUGAUGGAAAGUCAGUAACCAGUAGUGCGACCAACACCUCUAAGACUCCUAGCAAAGGAGGUAAAAAGAAAAAAGGCAAAGGUAAAAAAGAUGAUGAUUGGUCAGAUGGAGCAAGCGAGGUUGAAUUCAAACAAGAAGUUUCAGAGGAUGACAUUGCUAAACCUGUAGCUAGUAAAAAGAAAACCAAAAACAAAAAGAAAGAAAAAGCUAUAGAGUCUUCAGAUGAUGAAGAGCAUGAGGAUGCAAAGUCAGUUGUCAGCAAUGUUUCCUGUAAUACAUCAAAGCCUUCAGUGAAGAGUAAUAGUAAAAAAGGUAAGAAAGAAGUGUUGCCAGUCGACGAAAGUGAGGAGGAACAAGAUGAUUCUCCCGAUGAAGAAGUAUUGCCUGUUAAGAAAAAGGGUAAACACAAAAGCAAAACGCCUGUGGAUGAUGUGGAGGAAGAAAUCAAAAAACUAAAUCUGAGAGAGUCUUUGCCAGAAUUUGAAAAGCCUAAAAAGUCUAAGGGCAAAACAGAGGAUGGCAGUGAUGCUUCAGGAGAUGAAGACAGUAAGGCUUCUGGAGGCAAAACGGAAGCCGCCGAGAAGAAAUUGAGCCACAAAGAGAAGAAGAAGCUGAAGAAGAUGCAAGAAUACGAGAAGCAGAUGGAGAUGAUGACAAAGAAGGGCGGACAGGGUCACAGCGAGCUGGACGCCAACUUCACCGUCAGCCAGGCGCAGAAAUCUGCUGGUCAGAUGGCAGCGCUGGAGAACGCAGUGGACAUCAAAGUCGAAAACUUCUCCAUAGCAGCUAAAGGGAAAGACCUGUUCGUGAACGCGAACCUGCUGAUCGCUCACGGCCGCCGCUACGGUCUCGUGGGACCGAACGGGCACGGCAAGACCACGCUACUGCGGCAUCUGGCCCAGCGCGCCUUCCCGCUCCCUCCCCAUAUAGACAUACUGCUGUGCGAGCAGGAGGUCACUGCUAACGAUAUGAGCGCUGUGGACACUAUAUUGGAAGCCGAUGUUAAGAGGACUGAACUGCUCAAGGAGUGCAAAGAGUUGGAAGCUGAAACAGAGAAAGGAAAUCUAAGCAAGCAAGAAAGAUUAAAUGAGGUGUACGCGGAGCUGAAGGCGAUCGGAGCGGACUCCGCGGAGCCGCGCGCGCGGCGCAUCCUCGCCGGUCUGGGCUUCAGCCGCGAGAUGCAGGACCGCGCCACCAAGAACUUCUCCGGCGGCUGGCGCAUGAGGGUCUCACUGGCGAGAGCCCUGUACAUUGAGCCUACGCUGUUAAUGCUCGACGAGCCUACAAACCACUUGGAUCUCAACGCCGUCAUUUGGCUCGACAACUACCUCCAAGGCUGGAAGAAGACGCUCCUGGUGGUGUCCCACGACCAGUCCUUCCUCGACAACGUGUGCAACGAGAUCAUCCACCUCGACCAGCAGAAGCUGUUCUACUACAAGGGCAACUACUCCAUGUUCAAGAAGAUGUACGCGCAGAAGAGGAAAGAGCAGAUCAAGGAGUAUGAGAAACAGGAGAAGAGGCUGAAGGACUUGAAGGCGCAUGGACAGUCUAAGAAACAGGCCGAAAAGAAACAGAAAGACGCGUUAACACGCAAGCAAGAAAAGAACAGAAGCAAGACGCAACGCGAGGAGGAGGAAUCAGCGGUGCCUGUGACAUUACUGCAGAGGCCCAAGGAGUACCUGGUCAAGUUCUCCUUCCCUGACCCGACGCCGCUACAGCCGCCCAUCCUGGGGUUACUCAACGUGGACUUCAACUUCCCCGGUCAGAAGCCGCUGUUCAAGCAGGUGGACUUCGGCAUAGACUUGAACUCGCGUGUGGCCAUCGUCGGCCCCAACGGCGUGGGCAAGUCCACCUUCCUCAAGCUGCUGGUGGGCGAGCUGAGCCCUGUCCGCGGCGAGCUCAUUAGGAACCACAGGCUGCGGAUAGGCAGGUUCGACCAGCACUCCGGCGAGCACCUGACAGCGGAGGAGACGCCCGCGGAAUACCUGCAGCGGCUGUUCGGGCUACAGUACGAGAAGGCGCGCAAGGCGCUCGGCACCUUCGGCCUGGCCAGCCAUGCGCACACCAUCAAGAUGAAGGACCUCAGCGGCGGCCAGAAAGCCAGGGUGGCGUUGGCCGAGCUCACCAAUAUGGCGCCCGACGUUGUCAUUCUUGACGAGCCAACGAACAACUUGGACAUCGAGAGCAUAGACGCGCUGGCGGAGGCCAUCAACAACUACAAGGGCGGCGUGGUUAUCGUGUCUCACGACGAGCGACUCAUCAGAGAGACGGACUGCGCGCUCUACGUCAUCGAGGACCAAACCAUCAAUGAGGUGGACGGCGACUUCGAUGACUACCGCAAGGAGUUACUGGAGAGUCUCGGCGAGACCAUCAACUCGCCCUCCAUCGCCGCCAACGCCGCCGUGGCACAGUGAAUCUAACACCACGGAUUUGUCUAAACGCUUUAGUCACUUCAAAAAUAUGUAUACUAGUUUAUUUCGAAUAUUAUCCCCCACAGGCAUUGGCGCCUAAACGUAUACAUAUUUUUGGAUGUGACUGUGUAAUGGUGCGCAUACAGUCAAAGAUUGAAGUAACCAGAAAGUGAAAUUGUCAUAAGACUAAUAGAAAAAUGUCGUGAUAACUAGCGAUUUUUGAGCUUAUUUCUGCAAGACGAUUUAUCUUACGAAACGUGAGAUUUUUUUGUAUUUAAAAAUAGCAGAACUAAAAGAGGGGUUGUCAGAAAAUAUGACGUAGAAUCGAGGCACUCUAACAUUGUAAAUAAACAUCAAACAUCUCUUAAAGGGCUCGUAAAAAUUGUACAAGUAAUAAUAAUAACCAAAAGUUACAAAAUACAUACAAUGACAAAUAUGGAAUCAAUGAAAUAUUAGAUACUUUAUUGGAUAUGUAUACAGUCUUAAAGUGUCAGAGAUUAAAUAUAUAUAAUUAAAUACGAUCAUCAAAUUAUCCUUAGAGAUGUAAAGGGUCUUCAAGGCUGGAAUUCUUUUACAAAUAAUUAAUAGACAAGAAAUUAAAUCAGACAAACAGACAACCGAAUGAAGUGUCUUACGUUAAUGCCACUCAAAAGUAACGUUACAUAGGUACUUAUAACACAACCAGCACCCAUUCACGAGUAUGACGCGUAUCUCAGCCAUCGCCUCCCAAAUACAACUGAAAUUCUGUCAUCGUAUUAAGUUUGUAGUUCGUUCAUUUGCGGGGCCAACAUAACUAACAGCGCGACUCCUUGCGCAUUCGACCACAGAGGUAUUAUUUCGGGCACGCGACAUGAAUUCUGCUAUUAUUCGUGUUAGUUUUACUUACAUCUAGUUUUCUUAUAACUCUUAAUGGUAAGAACGGACUAGUCACACGGGUAACAUUUAAUUCUAUAUCGUGCUCGUAAACCCCUAAUUGAACCCUAUUACUUUGAAAUAAAGUUCAAAAUCUGAUGGGAAAUAUGUUCCCUCUGCCUUAUAAAAGGCUUAAUACUGUCCUUAAUAAUCAAUUAUGCGAACGCUUCACUGUUACUAUGGACAUUUCGGAGGCCAAAUGUGACGUUUUCAAGCAAAAGGUACCACAUUGUCCAUAAGGACCUGUCGCUUACCAUGAGGAAAAACCUGUCAGGCGUCCUUAUAGCAAGCGACAAAGUGGUACCUUUUGCUUGAAAACGACACAAACGUAAGCAUGUUUCAGAACAAAUUGCACAAAUUCUAGCCAAAUGAACGCUUACAAUGGUUGCAUAUCGUUUUUAUUAAAUUUCUCUAUUCAUUUAUUUCUUUGUACAGUCAGCUACAAAAUAUGAGUUCUUUUAUCACCAUGGUUUCCACCAUGCCAGUUUUUCAACUGGCAUUAAUGUAUGUGCAGUCUGUGCUGUUACUCUUUUAUUUCAUGUUCUCCUCAUUGCGAUGGUGUUAUCGGAAAAAGUAAAAAAUUGUCUGAAAAGUCGUGACACAAGAGUGCCUGUACUUUAAAGUCACAAUAAAAUAAAAGUGCGGCAUAGCAAACACUUGGUGGGUGGCAUGCAGACUUGUAAAAAAAUAUUCCAAUUAAAUUAAAUUAUGAAUUACGCAUACGCAUGUAUAUUAAGAUUUAGUUCUUAAUUGUAUUUAUGCUCGUUGAACUGUUGUCUGUAUUUCGUUAUUCAUUACAAUUUCGUACCUAGGUGCUAUGUUGUGUAAGUAGAACUUUUGUGUCUUUGUAUUACUAAAGCUUUUUUUUUUAAUUUAAAUUUAUUGUACGUGUUAUUUACCCACAGAAAUAGGUUUUUAUAAAGCGGUUGAUAUUUUUAUAUAAUGAUAACAGUUUUAUUUAGCUUAGGGUGAUAUUCCACCCGUCUAAUUUCUUGGUCCAACGUGCAUUGCGUCUCACUCUCUCAUUAAGCAAAAUGUGUUUUUUAGUUCAUCUAAACUAUCUAACUAAAGCAUCGUAGUUUUUAAAUAUCUUCUCUUGACAAAAACGUUUCACUAUAACACCUAGCAGGCGUAAUCUACACUACCAUGCAUAAUUGCAUAUUAACUAGUGUCCGACCGAAACAUGUUUUUUUGCCGAAACCGAAACCGAAUGUUCGGCUUUGGCUCUAGUUUCGGCCGAAACCUAAACCGAAACUUUUGUAGACUUGUUAAAAUCGUUGAAAAAAUUUAAUAAAACCGCUUUUACACACAUAUUAUGCGGCUGUCAAUACCCAAUAUCCUUGAAAUUGAUGUUACUUAAGCAGUUUUGUAAGAAAAUUACUAGAGUUAGACCAAGAUAAUUCUGCAACGAUUUUGAUAACACACGCAGUGCAAGUGUUAUUUGAAACGUCAACACUUCUAUGAAAUUAUGACGUAUAAAUAACAUUUGCACUAGUUGCACUGCGUAUGCUAUCAAAAUCAUUGCAGAAUUUUCUUGGUCUAACUCUAUUCAUUCACCAGUCAAGCUAACAUGUCGAUACAGGGUCAACCAAAAACGCGAGCGCAGCGAGCCCGAAAUUUUUUGUUGACAAUAUCGCAAGGCCGGGUACCGAUCUUCACCUGGGCCUAAAAGUCCGAAGUGCCCCAUUGAGGCGAACUUUCAUGCGAAGUCAAAGCCUUGCAUCA